CAUGCGAAAGUGUGCGCUUCUUGUAUGUUUUGGCUUCGCAUCGAAAAUGCGGGCUUGCUGCUAGCAGCGCUGCUGACGUCGUCGCCGUUGUCGUUGUCGUUGUUGUCGCGGCCGUCACAGCUCGCGGUGGUUGUUAUUUUUUUGGUUUUGGUUUUUAGUUGCUGUUUAAACUUGGUCGUGAGAGGGUAGCAGCCCCCGUCGUCAUCCAUUGCCACCCAAACGAUCGCGCGCUGGCAAAAAGCAACAGUAAAGUGAAUGUGAUAAGUGAACUUUGGGUCAAGUGAACAAAGUGAACCUGGUUGACGCGCUGGCCAACAACAACAAAAACAACAUUAAUCUACAAAUACUUCAACAAAUUUUAAUGGCGCCCACUGCCGUCGCCUCAUCGGGCUCCUCACCCACCACAACGAAUUCGCUGCAGGACAUGAGCGCAGCCGCCGCGGCCAUAGCUCUGGACAUGAAGCCCAAAGUCGAAUUGGCCGUGGUGCCUGCUCAAAAGAUUAAAAAAUUGGUGCGCCGUAAUGCCUCCGACAAGCUAAAGCUCAUCCAAAUGGUGCACGACAAUCCCAUAUUGUGGGACUCCCGCCUGCCCAACUUCAAGGGCGCCGAGGAGGAGAAGAACCGGGCCUGGGAGCACAUUGGCCGAGAAUUCAAUGCGCCUGGUCGACGCGUUGCACGCGCCUUCAAGUCCCUGCGCGAAUCGUAUCGCCGAGAAUUGGCUCACGUCAAAUUGAUGGGCAACGGCUUCAAGCCAAAGUGGAGCCUGUACGAGGCCAUGGAUUUCCUCAGAGAUGUCAUCAGAGAAAGAAAGGGCGCUUCACAUGCUGGCGACCUCAGCCUGAGUGCAUUUGCUCAUCACUUGCAUAACAAUAACAACAACAACAACAACAACAAUACAGCAGCAGCCGCAGCCGCUGCUGCCGGCUUGAAGCUGAGCUCAUCCUUCAACGACUCUUCGAGCGCAGUGCUGAAUCUGUCAAAGUGCUCGGCGCUGAACAUGAGCGGUGACGAUUACUACUACGAUUACAAUGUGAAGUCCGAGCUGGAUUUGUCGGCGGGUGGCGGCAGCGCUGGCAAUGCGGGCAGCAGCAGCAGCAGCAGCGGCGGCAGCAGUGGUGGCAGCGCUGGCCUCGGCCUGGGCUUGCCCUUGGCGUUGCCGCUGCUGCCGAUGCCCGCCCAUCAGCAGGCAUUGGCGCAGGCGCAGGCGCAGGCGUUGCACAAUGAUAGCCGCGUUAGCUCCACACGCAACGACAGCGGCGCUGCGCAGCCGAAUCAUCAUCAGAGCUUCGACGACUUGGACGCCAGUUCGCUGCGUAGCGGCGAUGAGGAUGCCGGCAAUGCCUCCGAUGAGGUGGAGGAGCUGGAGGCCAUCGAUGCCGACUUUCCCUAUCCCAUUAUACUCGACUCGAAUUCGCCGCGCAGCAUCAAUGGCGGCGGCGAAGUCGGCCAGACGCCCAGCAUUGGCCGCAAGCGCCGUCGCAACGGCGAAACGGACGAUCUGGAGGAUGGCGAUAUGGAGGGCGAUGAUUAUGAGGAUCAAAUGCUGCAGCAGCAUCGCCAUUUGCGGCAGCAACAGAAUGUUGCAGCUGUGGCCGGUGGCUUGGAGCUGCCGCCGCCGCAAACGGUGCGCGAAGUGCUAAACUCCAAGUUCUGUGGCUUCAUCUCGGCCAAGCUGAACAGCAUGGAGGACUCCGAGGCGGAUAAUCUGAUGAAUCGCAUACUCCUACUGGUCGUGCAAAUGCAACAGUGCGAGACAGCCAAAUAGGCGUCGCACUAUGGGGCAUGGAAUCGGGUACCGGGAAUCGGGUUGGGGUUAUUUCUAGUUUAUAGUCCUAGCAGAGUAGUGGAGGAGAGGAAUGAGCUCAUUAUGGAUUAAUGCAGCUGCUCAAAGCAAAAUGUUUUCUUGCCCUUUACCAAAAUAUUUCACAAAUAUUACUUUCGUCUCUCAAUAUGCCAUAAAUCAAGCCAAAAUUGUGCCAUGCCAAAAAGGAAACCCAACGGAAGACUUCUUUAAAGCUAUAUCCAAAAAAAGAAAAGGAAAACAAAGAAAGAAAUAUGCAAAUAUAUAUAAAACUCAAUGAAAAGACACAAGACACAAAGACAAAGAUAGUUAGCCAUAUAUGAGAUUUAGUUUAUUAUAAACGUUAAUUUAGUUCUAAGUGGAUCCAUCUAUAUAUAUGUCUAUAUAUAUGAUAUAACUAAAACUGUUUCAGUUUAAUUUCUAGCUCUCUGCAACAUUUUUGUUCUAGUUCUAUAAACAUUAUUUUAGCCAACAUCUCAUCACACGUUAUCGUCUAGUUUCUCUUCUUCUUGAAGAUAGUUCUUAACUCAAAUCAUGAAGAGUACAAAAAACUUUUGAAAUCUUGCCAAUGCGCACAGAAUCUGCAGCAUUGUGAUCGUCUCUAAGUUCUACAUCAAGUGGCAAAUACAUAUUAAAUAUAUUAUUUCAUA